AUAUAUAGAAGUAGCAGCAGCAGUACUAGUGGUAGUAGUAGUGUAUAUAUAUAUAUAUAAAGGCCCGUGGCUAAGUCUUUUUAGAACUUAUGAUACUAAUCAGCAUUUGUUUCAUCUAUUUAAUUUCAGAAUUUCGUUUGUAGCAGACAUUCUACUUUCAGUGGUGGCACCAAAGCACAUGAACAUGCCAAGUUGGUCAAACCUGUUGUAGCAGCCUCCUUCAUCUUUUUUGACUUUCAAGCAUGGUUAAACCUGCCCUUGAAAGCAGUAGGCUGCUUCAUUUCAUGGAUUAGGGAAGGUGUGUUUAUCUCAGAUGUUUUCAUCUAUGUAAGUUGUGUCAAGAAAGAUUGUAGGCAUCUGACUAGUCAACUGUGCAAAAAUGCUGCAUGUUUUUCUUGGCUUAAUUUUGAGGAUGCUGAGGCUGAUGAAAUGAGUUUAUUAACAAAUUUGGGUUUUUCAAAUAAUAUUUCUAAAUUUAGAUUCUGAACCAAUCAGACAAAUAGCAGUCCUACUUGAGUGAAGAUCAAGCAGGAAGAUGUUCAGGACAAAGCUGUAUGAUGUGGAAGUCUCACAUAUGGUCACAUGAGAAUGGAGUGGUUAGACAAGGGAGACCAUCAGGCAGUUCUGUAUAUUGCUUGGCAAUGAGAAUCUAAAAAGGAUCUCCAUGAUCAAAGAAAAGGAAAAAGAGUCAGUACCAUUGCUGUGAACCAUAUUUGUCAAGGUAACCUGGCUGACCUAAAGACACCCUGAACUACUGUUAAGGUUUGUUGGUUGUCAUGGUUCAAGUACACAGAUUUGCCUUGAUGUUGCAUAUUGUGGUUGUUGAAUGUUGGUAAGGCAAGUAGCAGUUAUUAUUUAUUCUGUGAGCUGUUCUUAACCCGAAGGUAAUGUGUUCCAAUUAGGAAGCCAAGCUGCUAGCAAUAUUGUCAUUUGAUGUAUGGCAUCAACCCAUCUUGGAGGAGACUUACAGAUGAAAGUUUCUAUUUUAUCUUUUGAACAUCCAGUUCUCUGGUUCUAGGACUUGCUAUUCAUUCAGAUUUAUCGAAACAUUGAUCAUAAUUUAUUUGUUGGUGCUUCUUUUUUUUUUUUUUGCAGUUGUUGCUUUCACAGUCAAUAUGUUAAAUAUUCUUACUUGGUGUAAAAAUAUCAUUUUUGUGUUCAACUAUUAAAAUGCUUGUGUAAUUAUAAUUGCUUAUUGACAAAUAAUACGUCGUGAAAAAUGGAUAAUGUGACUCCAUGAUAGAACAGAACAUUUUCUAUGGCUGGGUCAUAGAAUUGGUAAGUUUUCAUUGUCUUGUAAACGUGCUCCCAACUUUGUACGACUACUUUGUGUAAGCCAGGUAUUCUAAUUAAAAAAUUAUUUGGUAUUUCAUUUUGUACUAUCUUGCCUGAAUGAAUGUGAAAAAAGGAUUUCCAUUACUUUGCACAGGCUACUGGUAUUGUGCAUCGAAUUUUGUUAAGAUAUUAUUUUGUUGGAGAAGAAUUGUUAAUUUGAGUUUUUUGGUAAUAGAUCAUUCAUCAACUCCAGUUUUGUCAGUACUUUAUAUGCCCAAAGGAAACUUUCUCACUUUCUCCUGGAAUCAUUUGGAAAUUCCAAUCUGUUCAUUUGAGUGUGAAAUCUUUUUUUAAUCUUUCGGUACUACGAUGGAGCCAUUUAUUGAGCCAUUGACUGUGUAACCUAUCAUCUAUUUUGUGGAUUUCACAUCGUCUAUUUAUAUCUGUCACGCCAAUGUCUUUAUAUACGGAAUCCAUUUUGUGAUUUUUUUUUGUUUUAGGAAUCUGAUAACUUUUUAAUCCCAACAACAUGAAACUGUAAUGUAUCAAUGAGGUUGGCUUUAUGGACAUGUUGUAACCAUUUAACUGUGUUGCGGGCAAAUACUUUCAGUACAAGAUGUAAAAUUUCUUUUCUACAAAUAAUCAUAUCUAAUACAUUCGGACCAGCUAGUGUUUGUUGUGGUUAAAAAGACAAAGAACUAACUGUCAAGACAGUCUUAGAUUAUUAAAAUUACAUGUAAAGAAAAAUUUCAAAUUCCCUGCAUAUGUUGUGAGAGGCAGCUUUCAUUGGUUACACUGAGUCUUCAUGAAAAUAAAAUAUUUUUACAUUUGUAGUCGACAAGCAUCAGUUGCUUUGUUUUGCUUAUAUGACCACAGAAGGUUAUCAUAAGAACAGCAGUUGGGUAGUGUCCUGUAAUCAUUACUAAAAUCACAUUUGUCAUGACAGAAGUUGGCAUCCAUAGAGCUAUUAGUAUUGGUUCCAUAAUACAGUUUGUCGCCCAGGGUUAGGUCGAACUCAUGCUUUAGCAUUUUUACUGUCUAAUCCUGCACCCAAGUUGUUUCUGUUUCCUGCAUUCAAGAUGCUUAUGUUCUAAACAAGUGAUACACAUAGGUUUUUUUGUUUGGCAUACAUGAUUCUUACAUCGGUACCGACAUGUGGUUGCUGUGAUUGCUGUUUUGAAGUUGAAACCUGACUUUUUUUCUUGGCUUUCUUCAAGUUAGGUGGAUGAAGUUCCUGGAUGCAUACUAGUUUGUGGUCUCAUGGUAUUUGAUUCAGUUUGCUCUUGAUGAGGAAAAUAUAUGUUGUCUUUAGUCUCUGCUCAAUGCUAAUGUAUAUGGAUUAUUCAUUGCACUUACAUGACAUUUCCCACUGAAGUACAUGAAAAUUCUCCUCCACAGGCAGUCAUUUCUGCCAAUGGACUUGGAAGACAAUUUGCUGCUACAUAGUCACAAAAAGGGGGAAAGAAUUUUAUCGAACACCACAAGGGCAAAUCUUGUACACAAGCAACUCGACCUGAGGUUGCAGCAAUCAACCCUUGCGUCUUGGCAAAAGCAAUCGAAGCCACCUCCUUCCAUGGUCAUCACAAGCCAUAUAUAGAGAAGAACUCUCUCUACCUUUGACACUCGUACUCCAUAAUGGUGAAGCUCUCCACCGUGUUACUCCUACUGUGCCUGUUUACUACCUCUUACGGUCUCUUUCUUCACCCCUCGGCCUUUCAUGCAGAGGCCAAGCGACACCGCUGGUGUUCUGUCGUUCCGUACUCCGACACAUGCACACACUACGUGAGCCAAAGCAUGCAGCAGAUGUCGAUACACGCGGCCAUGGAGCACGCCAUGCUCGCCCGGGAACAGAUCCUUAUGGGCGGCCUCGAGGGAGUCGCGUGGUCCGACUGCCUCGACCUACACGACUCCACCGUGCGCCAGCUCAACCGCUCCCUGGGCCCCUCGCGGCUGCGCGUGGGCUACGACGUGCGGACUUGGCUCAGCGCCGCUCUCACCAACCUGCACACCUGUCGGGCCGGCCUCGCCGAGCUCCACGUGCCCAGCUCCUGGUUCGUGCCGCUGCUGACCAAUGCGUCGGAGCUGGUGAGGAACGCGUUGGCGAUCACGGAGACGAGGGCGGAGGAAGAGGAGAGGAAGGGUGGUGGGGCGUUCCCGGAGUGGUCGUCGGUCGAGGACCGGGAGCUCCUCCGGGCGCGCCGGGGGGACGUGGUGGCCGAUUUGGUGGUGGCGAAGGACGGCAGUGGGGACUUUGGGAGCAUCAAGGAAGCUAUCAACGAGGCGUCGAGGAGGAGAGGGAGGGAGAGCAGAAGAUUUGUGAUCUAUGUGAAGGCAGGGGUUUACGUGGAGAACGUGCAGGUGGGGGUGAGAGACCUCAUGUUGGUUGGGGAUGGCAUCGGCAAGACAGUGGUCACUGGUAGUCGGAGUGUUGCUGGAGGUUCCACCACCUUCAAUUCCGCCACCGUGGCGGUGAUGGGGGACGGAUUCAUCGCUCGGGGGAUAACGUUCCGCAACACGGCCGGCCCCGCGAAGCGCCAGGCGGUGGCGCUCCGCUGCAACGCGGACCUCGCCGUCUUCUACCGGUGCAGCUUCGAGGGGUACCAGGACACGCUCUACGCCCACUCGCUCCGGCAAUUCUACCGCGAGUGCGACGUCCACGGCACCGUCGACUUCAUCUUCGGCAACGCCGCCGCGGUGCUCCAGGACUGCAACAUCUACGUGAGGCGGCCCAUGAGCAAGCAGCAGAACACGAUAACCGCGCCGGGGCGGACCGAUCCCAGCCAGAACACCGGCAUCGUUAUCCAGCACUGCAGGGUGACGGCCGCGCCGGACCUGAGGCCGGUUCAGGGGAAGUUCCGGACGUACCUGGGAAGGCCAUGGCAGGCCUACUCUCGAACUGUGUUCAUGGGUACGUACAUGGAUGAUCUGAUCUCCGCAGCUGGGUGGUUGGAAUGGAGCGGUGGGUUCGCUCUCAACACGUUAUACUACGGGGAGUAUAAGAACACAGGGCCGGGGUCUGACACUUCCAGGCGAGUCAGGUGGCGCGGCCACCAUGUUAUCACCGAUCCAUCGACUGCUCUGAGAUUUACUGUGAGGGGUUUGCUAUCUGGAGGUAGCUGGUUGCCGGCCACCGGAGUUCCCUUCACCGAUGGCCCGUGAUCUUGGUUUAAGGCGACUUGCAGCAGAAACAAGAAGACCAUACCAAGAAAUGUACAUGUAUGUAUAUAUAAACCAUAAUGCUUGAUGUGAUUAGGAAAGAAGAGUAAUGGAACUCUAUCAGGCAUCUCACUGUUCUUGACAUCACAUCGACCUACAUUGACUUGCCAAAAUGAUCUUCUACUUGUCAAC